AUGUGGGAAAAGCGAGUGUUGCUCGAAGCGACAGACGAGGUCUGCCUUGAGCAUACAUCGAAGUAUUCGCUGCUGGUGAAAGAGGUCGAGCCGAAGUGGCAUGAUGUGCGAUUCAAUGGCACGUUCUUGCACGAGAACGUGUAUCGGCAGAGCGCUGGGCCGGAGGUCGAUGCGGCGUGGGAAGCUCUCGGGGUUGAUUACCGACCAAUCGUCGUCCCGCUCGAGGAGGCUGAAAAGACUGGACUUCGCCGUGAUCAGGUGAGAGUGGAAGAUAUACAUGGCGGCGGGUUCGUCGCGAACGUGGAAGGACUGCACCACUUGCAUUGCUUGAACAUCCUGCGCAAGUCGCUCCGCUGGAACUACGAGUACUACCUGACGGAGAAGAAGCCACCGUUCUCGAACAGCGAAGAUAUUGUGCGUAUACACGUCACGCACUGUCUGGACAUCUUGCGGCAACAACUGAUGUGUGUGCCGGAUAUUGGCGUUCUUGGACAGGUGUGGUAUAAGCUGGAGAGCAUGCCGCAGCCGAUGCCGUUCGUCGAUUUCAACACAGAGCAUCGGUGCCGAGACUUCGAGGGCGUGCGAGCGUGGGCAGAAAGGCAUCAGCUGCCGGAUGAGAGGGAGGUGGAUCUGGAGCAUUUCUACCGAAUGCCGGGGCCGGGGGAUACGAUAUAUUCGGCGAUACCGUAG